AUGGCGUCGCUUCAGCCGCGCCACAGCGGCUCCCCCAAGAUCGCGACGCGAUCAUCCUCGUCGGAAGGCGGUAAGCCUCGUUUUCUGUCGGCCGCCAUGACCGCCGUCACUGAGCGCAACCGAUUCACAGAAAUCGUGUUCGCGGCGCUGCUGCUGUCCGCGUCGCUCCGCAUCUGGCUCGACCUGCGCGUCCACGCACCGCGUCCCACCGAACUCCCCUGCCGCAACGACGACUCGCUUCAGCCGGCCGACCAAUCGACGUCCGCCGCGUCAGCAUACAUCAACGACAGCGUCGUAGCGCUGCCCGGCCGCGCGUGGCGGUUACCAGCGGGGGUGGCGUGGGCGUACGGCGGGCUGGGCGACGGCAAGGUGGACCCGGCGCGGUUCCGCCUGCACGUGAAGGUACUCGUCUUCGACCGCCCCGCGUACGCGCUCCGCUGCCUGCGCGCGCUGGCGGCGGCGCUGUACGACGCGGAGCCCGUCCAUCUGGACGUCUUCGUCGACCACCCCUUCGCGCUGCGCGCCGACGCCGCGCCCUGGUCGCCGCGCGCCGCGAGACGCGUGGCGGCCUCCCAUUCCCUAAUGGCGCAGAUCGACGCGUUCGCGUGGCCGCACGGGCCGAAGCGCGUGAUGUACCGAUCGCAGAGCGCAGGCGUGCAGGGCCAGUGGGUGGAGGCGUGGUGGCCGGAGAGCCUCGCUGACGUGGCGCUGAUGGUGGAGGACCACGUGGUAGUCUCCCCGCUGUACUACCGCUACCUGAAGCGCCUCCUGGCGCGGUACUACUUCCGGCGCGCGGACUUCGACCCGCACGUGCUGGGCGUGUCGCUGCAGCGCCAGUCCUUCGUGCCCGGGCUGGGCGCCGACCCGCUCCCCCCGCUGGCGCACGGCGCGCCGUUCCUGUACGCCGUGACGGGCACGUGGGGGCAGGCGCUGCUGCCGGGGCCGUGGCGGCAGUUCCGCCUGUGGCUGGACAAGCGGCGGUACAACGGCAGCCGGCAGCCCCUUGUGGGCGGGCUCAAGACCACCCAGUGGUUCCGCGACAAGGGCAACAGGAGGUGGUCGCCGUGGGCCAUCAAGUGGGCGCACAGCACCGCCAUGCUCUCACUCUACCCGCCCCUCCCCGCCAACCUCUCCCUCGCCUUCCCCCUCAAGCGCGCCGCCCCCCCCUCUGACGCCCCCCUCGUGCCGCUGCUCCCAGGGAUGGGGGCGGGUGCGGGUGGGGGGAGCGGGGGAAGCGGGGGAGGGGGCGGGGAGGGGGGGGUGGAGGGGGCGGUGAGGGCGUGGAUGGAGGGGCCGCUGCCGGGCAUGGCGCGCGUGAGGCGCUUCGACCUGUGUGCUCGCGAGCUGCCGCACCUCCCCGUGGGGCACUCCCUGCCGGACCUGCACUCCCUCCUCUCCGCCGUCGCCCAGGACAAGCGGGUGUCGCUGGUGGUGGUGCCGACGGGCGGCAGGGACGAGGUCAACAACUGGCUCUGCCACCUUGACGGCAGCGGCCUGCGCUCAUUCGUCCUCAUCGUCCCCCAUGCCAGCCUGGCAGCUGAGCUGUCCGCACGUGGCUUCGCUGCCUUCCAUCUGCCGCCACUCAGCAGGCGCCAGGUGGCACAGGGGCUGGGACAGCUGACAGCGAGGGGAGGGGUGAAAGCAGUGAGGGAGAAGGAGGGGUUGGAGGAGGAGGAGGGUGAGGAGGUGGAUACUGGCGGGCAAGUGGAGGGGGAGGGCGAGGGGGUUGAGGAGGAGGGUGCAGAGGAGGGAGUGGAGGGAGGGGGGGCGCGCAGCAGGUGGACGGCGAGGCACAUAGAGGUGGUGGUGGCAGCGCUGUCGCAGGGCUUUGAUGUGUCCCUCAGCAAUGUGGACGCCGUGUGGCGGGGUGACCCCAUGGCCACCGAGGCCCUCGGGCUCAUCCCUGCUGACGUGGACAUGUGGGGCCACCUUGACACUGCUGAUGUGGCAUCUAGCUUCUUUGUGAUUCGUUCUCGCGCCGCUACAGUCUCGGCGUGGGGCCAGCUGGCUAAGCUGUGUGCGCAGGCGCCCAAGGGGGGAAGCAUGGGGGGCUUGGACAAGGUGGAGGUGGGGUGUGGGGAGCCGGGGAGUGGCGUGCAGCAGAAGCAGAUGCGGGUGCUGCUGACUCAGGCAAUGCAUUUCAGGGAGGUGGAUUCGAUACCCUUUGGACGCGAUGGCGCAGUGCGUGUGCCCAAGGGAACGUUGCUACCUGCUCUACUGCCACCUCAAUUCGCAACAAAAGGGAAGAAAAUCAGAACCAUCCAUUCCGCAGGCCCGGCCUUCAAGCGCCCGUGGCAUCGACCGCCGCCAUCGCCGUGCGGAGUGAAGGCGCUGCGAGUCCGCGCCGCGCUGAGCCUCGAUGCCGCGCGAAACACGGUCGACCCCUUCUCGUUGCUCUCUGCCGUUCCGCCGCUCCGCGCGCCGUCUCUGGAGGAGGGCGCAAUGGGCAUGACGAUGAGGGAGAGCCUCGCCGUCGCGGUCGAGGCGGCAGGCGGAACCCGCCGGGCGGAAGAAGGAUAUCCGGGCGCGGCUUGCGCUGCUGACGCCGCGCCACUGACGCCCAGCCGCCUGGCGUCCCGGCUAGGCGUGCUCUUCUUAUCGGCCGCUGCGGCAGCAGCGGCGGGAACUAGCAUGCCCGCGCAGGCCGUGCAGGCGGAAGCAGUGCGGUCGGAAGCCGUUCAUGCGGAAACAGCUUGGGCGGAGGCAGUGCAGGCGGAGGCAGCAGCGACAGCAGUGACGGCACCCGAGGCAGAAGGCCAGAGCGCAGAAGUGGCGUGGCAGCUGCCGACUGUAGCGGUGGUUGCUGCUACAGCUGUGCCGGCUGUCGGUCCAGGUGGCGGCAGUCGUUCUCCACGUAAGCAGACAGCUCAGCAGCACGUGGCCGCGCUGGAGGGGCGCAUGCAGCGGAUGAUGGCGUGGGUGCGCCAGGGCAGGCGGGGGCGGGCGGAAGAAACAGGGGAAGCGGGGCGCGAGGGGCGCGAGGGGCAAUCAACGGCUGCGCAGCAGGCCGAGCUGCGGCGGCGAGUGGCGGGGGUGGUGGAGGGGCGCAGGGCCACUAGGCGGAAGCAGCGUGGGGGAGGGGGGGGUGGGGAUGGCUCAGGGGGGAGAGGGGCAGUGGGCUUGGAGGAGGAGGGCAGUGGAGUGGGAGGAGCGCGGUUGAGAGAGAUGGGAGGAGAGGGAGUGCGGUUGAGCGACGGUCCGGAGUGGCUGAAGGGAGUGGCAGAGCAGUACGGCAUGGCGCUGCCGGCAGCUGUGGGGGCCACCAGGGGUGGGGCAGCCACGGCCGCAGCUGCCGAUCCGGCAGCAGCAGCGGCGGCGGCGGUGGUGGCGGGGAGGGUGCUGGCGGCGCUGAGGCAGGCGGAGCAGUCCACUCGCGCUGCACCUGCACACCCCGCCACAGCACCCGCCUCCACGCCCGCGCCCACCACAGCAGCCCCUGAGAGCAGGGCGCAGGCGCUGCAGGCGGCGCUGUCACCCCUGGAGCAGAAGCUGGAGGAGGCGGAGGCGUCUUGGCAGCGGUACGAGGCGGCGGUGCAGUGGACGGAGGGGCGCCUCUCAGCACUCGCCACGCUCGCCCUCACCACCGCCACCCACCCGCCCUCAUCCUCCCUCGCCGCAUCCCGCACCCACCUGCUCUCCUCCCUCGCCUUCGCCCAGAAGCGAGCAGCUGAGGUGCGCACAGGAAGGGGAUGGGAUGGUGAUGAUGGCGUGAUGAGGAUGGCUGGAUUCUCGUCUCCUCCGCCAUUCCACCCUGCGUGCGUGCAGGAGGAGCAGCGGGUCACCCAGCUGCGCCAGCAGCUCAGCAACAGCCGCAUGCUCUCACAACCCUCCUCUUCCUCUUCCGCAUCCUCACCCUCCUCGCCCCUCUCCACCGCACUGCCUCCUUUCCAAUCUACCAUAGCGCAACCUGCGCCCCCAUCUCUCCUGGCCACUCCGUCAUCGACACCAGCGCUCCCCCCCUCCUCGUCGCUCGCGCCCCAACGACCGGUGCCGCGCUCGCUGUCGCAGCCGUCACGGGCGCUCUCCCACGCCUCAUGGUGCCCCACCGAGGCUGCUCACACCACUCAGCCCUUGGCCCACGACAGCACGAGCCUCGCCAGCACGCAUGCUGCCCUGAGCAUUCUCCAGCAGGUGCGUUGCGUUGCACUCCCUCACGCAUCAGAUGCCUCUGCCCAUCGCAUUGUACCUGCCCAUACCUCACAGCACCGUGCUCAUGCCAUGCUCUCUGCUCAUUUCCUCCCUUUCCUUCCCCAGGCGCCAGUGCUGGUGGAGGGAGCAGGUGGGGGCGAGUGGGCGAGGGAGUUUGUGGCGGAGUCGGUGGCCAGGGAGCUCAGCAAGCGCCGCACCGCCCAUGGCCAUGCCACGUGA